AUGAUUCUCCGGCACUUGGGUGUGCGGCAAAGCCGCCAGUUUCUUGCUUUCAGUCGCCAGACUCGCAUUCUGAGCCGCUUCAACUCGACCGGAACGCCUGUCGACACUGCGGUGCCAACUCCUUCUGAGGCGCCUGCAGUCCAAGCCGAGAAACCUUUUGUGCCGCGAAAACCAUUGUCAGAGGAAAAGCUUGCUUGGAGAAACAAAGAACAACAAAAGCACAGCUUCCACGCCCUUGGUAGUGAUGUGGCAGAUGCCUACGAACCCGAGGAUCUCAUCCGAAACCCUCCUAAGCCCUCCGACAUCUCUCUUGAACUGCUCCUCGCAUCCCAGACACAUCUCGGACACUCGACGUCCCGGUGGAACCCUCAAAAUUCGCGCUACAUCUUCGGUAUCCGAGACGGAAUCCAUAUCAUCUCGCUGGAUAUCACCGCUGCAUACCUGCGACGUGCUGCCAAGGUCGUCGAAGAGGUGUCCGCCCGCGGCGGUCUGGUCCUCUUUGUCGGCACAAGAAAGGGUCACAAGCGAACCGUAGUGAGGGCUGCCGAACUGGCCCGAGGAUACCACAUCUUUGAGCGAUGGAUUCCUGGCAGUCUUACCAAUGGUCAACAGAUCCUGGGUCACUGUGACCUUAAGUUUGUCAAUGGCUUGGAUGAGGAGAUUCCCAAGUUCAAGCCCCUUCUGGCUGAACGCCCGGCCGCCAAACCGGACCUGGUGGUUUGCCUGAACCCCGUUGAGAAUGUUGUUAUGUUGCACGAAUGCGGUCUCAACAACGUUCCCACCAUCGGUAUCAUCGAUACUGACGCCGAUCCUACCCGGGUCACCUACCCCAUCCCGUCCAACGACGACAGUUUGCGAGCCGUGACCGUCAUCGCUGGUAUCUUGGGAAGAGCAGGUGAGGCAGGUCAGGAGAGAAGACUCAAGAAGGCGGCCGAGGGUAAACUCACAUACGAGCGUAUUACCCCCGAUGACCUUGGCAUUACAUCUGAUGAUAAAUGA